AUGAAAGAAAAUGGAGGGUUUUUUCAAGAAGGGAUUCUGCUAGUUAGCUUCUCGCUGCCAAGCUCCCACCCAUGGUAUGUAUUUCUAACGUCGUCUAGAGCAGACGGAGCUAAGUCGAAGUACAACGCUCAAGGGAAAGGAGGAUUUGAAGCAACUUAUUUCAUUUACGGUAUGGUGGCAUUGGAGAACAUUGGUUGUGUUGGAAACAUAUUGAGCUUGGUCCUCUAUCUGCAUUUUGAUCUAUAUAGUGCUGCUAAUAAUCUCACACACUUGAUGGGAUCAGCUUUCUUGCUAUCUGUUGUCGGUGGCUUCAUUUUGGACACUUAUAUAAGCAGAUUCCACACUUGUCUGAUUUUUGGGGCGGUUGAAAUAUUUGCUCUAAUGAUGAUGACGAUUCAAGCUCAUAACGACGAGCUGCAACCAGCAUCUUGUGGCGAGUUAAAUUGUAUGACACGUGGAUCAGCAAUCAUGUUCUCUGCAUUCCUGUGGUUAUUGGCACUGGGAUCAGGUGGGUUUAGAGGUUCACUUCCUGCACUUGGUGCUGAUCAAUUUGAUCAGAAGGACCCAAAGGAAGCCAAGGGUUUUGCAAGUUAUUUCAAUUGGCUCUUGCUCAGUAUUGCCACUGUCAUAGUUUACAUUAGCACAAUCGAGGGUAGCCAAAAAUGGUGGAAGGGUUUUCUCAUAACUCUUGUGUGUGCGUAUGUUGGUUUUAUCAUUUUUGCCAAUGAAGAGCCUUUCUACCGCCUUCAAGUCCCGGGAAAAAACCCUCUAGUAAGAAUCGCACCGGUUAUUGGUGUGGCAAUAAAGAAUAGAAAGUUGCCACCUCCAGAUAGCCCCAGUGAAUUGUAUGAGAUUAAUGAGAGAAAAUCAGCUUCCACAAAGGCCAAGAUUGCUCAUACUGAACGGUUUAGGUCCUUUGACAAAGCUGCAAUUUUUCCCAAAGAUGCCCAGCCCUUGCCAUGGAUAGUCUGCACGGUGACGCAGGUGGAAGAAGUAAAGGUCUUGACAAGAAUGUUACCUAUCAUAGCCAGCACAAUUAUAAUGAAUAUAUGUCUGGCACAACUACAAAUCUUCUCAGCGCAGCAAGGCAACACAAUGGACCGAAAACUUGGCUCAUUAGAAGUCCCUGCUCCAUCAAUACCUUUAAUUGCCCUAGCAUUCAAGAUCAUCUUUAUCCCCAUCUAUGAAUUUACUUUUGUGCCAUUUGCACGCAAAAUUACCAAGCAUCCAUCAGGGAUUACUCAACUUCAACGCGUAGGGGUCGGCUUGGUCCUUUCAGCCCUGUCCAUGGUAGUUGCAGCCCUAGUGGAAGUUAAGAGAAAGCACCAAUCCUUGAAGAAUCCAUUAAAGCCAAUUAGUGUUUUUUGGUUAUCGUUUCAAUAUGGCAUUUCCGAGAUAGCCGAUAUGUUCACUCUAGUUGGGCUGUUGGAAUUUUUCUACAAGGAAGCCCCUUCAGGCAUGCGAGCCCUUUCGACUUCAUUUACAUGGAUUUCACUAUCAUUUCGCUACUUCUUGAGCACUAUAUUUGUUGACACCAUUAAUGCCGUAACCAUGAGAACUACACCUAGCAAACAAAGGUGGUUGGAAGGAGAAACCUUGGACCAGAAUAAUUUGAAUCUCUUCUAUUGGUUUCUGGCCAUUCUUGGUGUCCUCAACUUCUUUAACCAUCUCUAUUGGGCAACAUGGUACAAGGACAAAAAAGAAGACACAAAUGUUUCUACCAUGGCCAAAUCGAUAUCAAUAAGUGUUGUAUCACUCCUCGAGACAGCUGAGGAAGAUGAAUUCAAGGCCACAAAUGGAGAAACCACCACUGAAGCAAAUGAUGGGAAAGUUUGACAAAUUGGUGAUAUCCAAACUACAUGAACAAGAAAUGAAAGCUCCAAACUGCUCAAAUAUACUUAUAGAUCACUCAAGAUAAUUGGCUUGUCCUCUUUUUGUAUCUGGCUUCGUUUUGUUCUGAAUAUGAACUACCUUGUAAAUGUUUUUGACAUAAUAUGGUCGAACUCACUUUUAGAUAUUCAGUUACAACUACAAGUCUGUAAAAGAUUUGAGUUCUUAAGUAAAUUCAAUUGAUUUUUGAAAAUUCAAAAUGGUUUGUGUGGCAGCCCUCAGUUUGAAUCAAAAUGUUUAGAAGGCUUUUGAGCAUUAUUAAGAAAAGUGA